CAGGCAGCUGGUUAGAACAGUUCCUCUUCUUCAGGGGCUGCCAGUAUGACAUCCUCAUGACAGGAAUCAGAAGUUAGCUUGCAUAGGCCACACAUUUUGUGUUUGUGUUUGGAAAGGAGAUCAUCCAUCUGCAAACUUGUGGCAACUGGAAGAUGCCAUGAAUCCAUUUCUUAUAGUCCUGCUGUUUCUUGGACUGAGCCCGAACCUCUGGAACCCAGCAUCAGCAGGGGCUCUCUCUAAACCUACACUGAGAGCAGUGCCAGGAAAUGUGGUAGCCGAUGGGAAUCAGGUGACAUUCAUCUGUGAAGGGCCCUCAGAAGUCAAAGAAUAUCGUCUCUACAAAGUAGGAAGCCAAGACUACCUGAUUCCAACAGCCCUUCUAGAAAUUGAGAAUAAGGCCGAGUUUUUUUUCUCUUUGGUUCAAUGGUACAAUGCAGGCCAAUAUUGGUGUUCUUAUACAAGCACCAAUGGCUCAUCAGAAAGCAGUGACACCCUGGAGCUGGUGGUGACAGGAUUUUUCUCCAGCAGACUCACUCUGUCAGCCAGUCCCAGCCCUGUGGUGAACUCAGGAGAACAUGUGAUCCUUCAGUGUGUGUCACAAGAGCCAUAUAACAUGUCCAUUCUAAUGAAGGAUGGUGAGAAGUUCUCGAGUCCCAUGCCCUUACAGAAAAUGUACUCUGGCCAAUUUAGAACCCUGUUCUCAGUGGGUCCUGUGACCUCCAACCAGACAUGGAGGUUCACAUGCUAUGGUUAUUUGUUGAGUAGCCCUCAGCUGUGGUCGGUGUCCAGUAACCAACUUGAGCUCCUGGUAUCAGGGACCCUUCGCAAGCCUACCAUAUGGGCUGAGCCAGGCUCUGUGAUCACCUUAGGGAGUCAUGUUACCCUCUGGUGUGAGGCAACCCUACCAACCCUAAUCUAUGUGAUAUAUAAAGAGGGAAGCCCAGAACCUUGGGACCAACAGAACCAAAUAGUCUCCAACAAUAAGGCAAAACUCACCAUUUCAUCUAUGACAGAAUUGAAUGCAGGGAGAUAUCACUGCUACUCUUACACCUCUACUGGAUGGACAGAACGCAGUACCACCUUAGAGCUGGUGGUGACAGAUGAGAGACACUCAAAAUCCUUGUCCCAGAAGUCACUCUCAAGUAAUGACUGCUGUAGCACUAUCUCCCAUAGAAGGAAAUCCAUGGCCAACAGUUUAGACUGUGUGGUCCCCUUUAAUUUUCUAUGUGAUUUCUUUUAG